GUUGGUGCUAAAUGACGGCUCGGGCCCCGGCCUAUCACCGCGCAGAUCCACGAGCCGAAGUCACCCCAGCUUUUAGACCUCGGCUCACUCAGCUCCCGUCCAGUCAGCUUCCAUAGUCGCCAUUUCAAUUGCAGCACAAUUUCAACCUCCCGCGAUCCCCCAGUGCAGCAUGCAAUCUUGACACAACAACGACAAGAACCUGACCACUGUAUAACCCGACUCCGAUCCCGACCUCCAACCCUCGAUGCCGAUUCCAUGAACGACUCGAGCUUCGUCCAAGCCCAGCAGCGCGUCGCUGCACGACGACAGGCCCGCGAGGUCGAACAACGAGCCCGGGUCGCGGCCCAGCGCGAGUCCUCCCGCGUCAACGCACAGCUGCAGCGUCUGCCCUAUCCACUCAACCGCCUCGCCAAUGCAUGGGAUGCCGCCUCCUCUAUAGAGAGCGCCCGGCCUGCGUUUCGCGUGGCGCAGGUCGACGCCGAGCUGCUGGAUGAAGAACUGCUGGAUCUCCUCAAGGGGCAGGUUGGCGAGGCCCUCAAGUACUACGCCGGUGGACACCUCAAGGACGACUGGUCCGCCGAGAUUUUGCUGGCGCUGAGGGCCAUCCUGUUCAAGCUGACCGUCUGGGACAACGACGCCACCUACGGAGCCGCGCUGCAGAACCUCAAGUAUACCGACGCCCGAAAAGGGGGCCCUGUGCUGGCACCACCGACGAAGCUACAAAAGUCGCUGUACGGUCUAGUCACAGUCUUUGGCAAAUAUGCCUGGAACAGAUGGGAGGACUGGCUCGUGGAUCAGGAUGAUGGGUACAGCGACCCCAGCCCUCGAGUACAAAGGCUGUCCCGGUUGACAUCUGGACUGACCACGGUGCACUCCGCCGCGGCAUGCGUCUCCUUUCUCGUAUUUUUGUUCCGCGGACAGUACCGCACCGUCCUCGACCGCGUCCUGCGCAUGCGGUUGGCGCCUCCUACGAGCCACGUUAGCCGUGAGGUCUCCUUUGAGUACCUCAACCGCCAGCUGGUAUGGCACGCCUUUACCGAAUUCCUGCUAUUUGUGCUGCCCCUGAUUGGCAUCAACCGCUGGCGGCGGUGGCUCAGCCGCACCUGGCGGAAGACAAAGGAGAUUAUCAACACAAAACAAGGGGGCGAUUCUGCCAACGGCGAGUACGGCUUCUUGCCCGAGAGGACCUGCGCCAUCUGCUAUCAGGACCAGAAUGCCGCGGCGUCGUCAGAGUCCGAGAUCAUGGCGGCGGCAGCCUCCAGCGGCGUCAUCGGGUCGGCGCAGACGGAUGUCACGAAUCCCUACGAGGCCAUUCCCUGUGGGUGCAUCUACUGCUUCGUGUGCAUCGCAACACGGCUGGACCGGGAGGAGGGCGAGGGCUGGACGUGUCUGCGGUGUGGAGAGCACGUCAAAGAAUGCAAGCCAUGGAACGGCGACGUGCUCGAGCCGAGCCGCAAGUCAACGUCAACAAAAUCGGUGGCGUUUUCAGAUGAUGUCGUUGGAGGGUCCGACGAUGGAUCGGUAAUCUCGAGACAGGAAGGCGUGGGCGCUGAGGUGGUGAAGCGUUGAUAUGAGGAGGAAAGUCAUGAAGCAUAGAGUUAUCGUACUUGAUCUGACUUGUUAAAGUGGAGGGACCUGGGGUGCAUAUACUCAGCUGCGUUUUGGGAAUUAUUUGUAUUGUACAGCAUGCCUGUGUAAGGCUGAUGGGAUUUCUAUCAUGGAAAGUUUGGCAACCGGGAGUACAGCGUGAGUUUUCAGUAUCUACUAGUUUCUUGGUAAGGUUAUAUAUAUAAAGCAGGCAAAAGGGC